GAGAGAGACUCGCCCCCCUACCAUUAGACACCUGUCAGUGUGCAGGUGGAGAGAGUGACUGUUGGAUAUCUGAACCUGGAGAUUUCACUGGAGAGGGCUCCUCUGUAACUCUUUGGGACUAUUUCUAUUUUAUUUUUUUCAACCAUCCAACCUUUAUAUCUGUGUGUGUGUGUGUUUUAGACAUUUAUUCUGAGACUGAAUCUUCAUCCUUGAGGAGUUUAUUGUUGCUGUGGCUGCUUCUGAAACACACAUCUUCACAUAAGCGGUGUGAUCAUGGCAGACUUCCCGUCCAAGGUCGCCACAGAGACCAGCACACCUCACUCCCGGGGCUCUCAGAUGGGGGGCAGCCUCCGAGGGCUGGCUGCUAAUGUCACCAGUGGGAUGAACAUGUCCUUUAUCCGAAGCAUACCGGCCUUCGUUAUGAUUGGAGAAAUAGUUAUGGGGAUGAUCCAUUUUUCGUUGAUAGCCAGCGUCCAGUUCACUUUGGUGCCAGCAUAUGGCUGGGUGAUGUUUGUGGCCAUCACUCUGUGGCUCCUCACCAUCAUCCUCUUCUUUAUGACCUUGUGCAACGUCCAGCAGAAAGUCACUGCUGUCCCCUGGCCCAUGGCGGUGAUGGUGUUUCAUGUGGCAGCCACGGUCCUCUCUUUAACCGCCUUAGUGACCAACAUAGUGACUAUAUCUGUAGGGGACAACAUCAACUUGGACGGCUGGGCUCUAGUACUGUUCUACAGACACAUGUCAGCCGCCACUUUUUUCAGUGGUACUGUGUUUGGGCUGUACUGGAGUAGUGCUGGUUAUUCCUAUAAGGACUGGAGAGGAGAUGGAGGAAACGCUGCCACCAACACAGUACCGACCUAGGACUUAAACCUGUGAUGCUGAUCAGGAAAAGACUCCUCGUGUGUUUUGUUUUUGUUUGUUUUUUACCCU